CCGACAGGGACGCGGGACGCCAUGUGGCCGGCAGUCUUGGCCCGGGGGUCCCGGGUGGCGUCCGGCCGGUGGUCCGCGCUGGGUCCCCUCCUGGCCGCGCGCUGCCCCUGGCGGCGGAGCCUGCACGCGACGGCGGCCCGGGCCGCGCCGCUCAUCCCCAUCGUGGUGGAGCAGACGGGUCGCGGCGAACGCGCCUACGACAUCUACUCGCGGCUGCUGCGGGAGCGCAUUGUGUGCGUCAUGGGCCCGAUCGAUGACAGCGUGGCCAGCCUGGUCAUCGCCCAGCUGCUCUUCCUGCAGUCGGAGAGCAACAAGAAACCCAUCCACAUGUACAUCAACAGCCCUGGUGGCGUGGUGACCGCAGGCCUGGCCAUCUACGACACCAUGCAGUACAUCCUGAACCCCAUCUGUACCUGGUGCGUGGGCCAGGCUGCCAGCAUGGGCUCCCUGCUGCUGGCUGCCGGCAGCCCGGGCAUGCGCCACUCGCUGCCCAACUCUCGCAUCAUGAUCCACCAGCCCUCGGGGGGCGCGCGGGGCCAGGCCACGGACAUCGCCAUCCAGGCCGAGGAGAUCAUGAAGCUGAAGAAACAGCUGUACACCAUCUACGCCAAGCACACCAAGCAGAGCCUGCAGGUCAUCGAGUCGGCCAUGGAGAGAGACCGCUACAUGAGCCCCAUGGAGGCCCAGGAAUUCGGCAUCCUGGACAAGGUGCUGGUGCACCCGCCCCAGGAUGGUGAGGACGAGCCGGAGCUGGUGCAGAAGGAGCCCGCAGCAACCCCAGACCCUCCCACGCCAGCAGGCUCCUGAGCCCUGGGGACUCUGCCACCCGGGACCUGAGUGGACGCCCCAGACCCGCCACCCCGGGACCUGGGGAUACCCUGGAGCCCACCAUGCCAGCAGGGUCUGAGGCCUGGACCCCACUCCCUUAGGACCUGAGGGGGGUCCCCUGGAGCUGGCCACCCUGGGACCUGAGCUGGGCACCCCCUGAGCCAGCUGGCCACACAGGCAGGCCUCCCGAGACACUGUGAUUCCAGAUUAAACCUUUGUGGUCUGGUCCUGCGUCACGCUCCAUGAUGGGGACAGGGGAAGCGCAUGUGCCCGCCUCGCCAUGCCCUGCACCCCGGGCCGGACCCUCCAUCCUUGCAGCACAGACACCACGGACCGGGGCCAUGAGGGGAAGCCGCCCUUGGGGAAGCCGGGGCGGGGUGGGCAGUAAGCAUCAGGGUGUGAGGUGGGGUGGCAAGGCCUGGGCAAGGCGCCAUGUGUGUGGGGCCAGGGACAAGCCUACCUGCCAUGGAACAAUGGGGACUGAGCAAGGCGUGGAGCCAGCUCUUCUGCAUCUUGGCAGGUGGGGCGCAGCAAGAACGAAAACGUGGGGGUUGAAGGGCGCAGGAUCCACUGGGUGCUAGCCAGGACCUCCUCCAGGUCUCCCAUGCGGGUGCAGGGUCCCAAGGCCUUGUGCCGU